AUGUCGACCGCAGGCAGCACUACCGACACUGCGAAGGAGGCAAUGGAGGUUAAAACUCCUCAGUCAGCCAUUGGCUUCAAGGAAGAAACAACAGUUCAUAAUGCUUCCACGCAAAAGAAGGAGAUCAAUGACAAGCCCGACAAUGUGGACGGCGUUGUUCAAGAUUCCACGGCAAAGAUGGAAGCGCCUUUGAAACCGAGAAUCGGUUAUCGCGUGGAAUACCGUAAUCGCUGGACGAAUCAACUUAUCGCAGAGGAAGUCCAAGAAGAAGGCAAACGCACCGAAAUUCAUCAAUCUGAUGGACCUAUUUUUGAAGUUGUGACUUCGUUCAAAGUCGUUACCGAAACGAUGGAAGCAAAAACAGACUUCGCCAUCAACUCUCAGUCACUUGCCAGCUAUGCGAUUCGAAUCCACUCAAUAGCGCUCAUCAACGCCAUUCAGUCAGUCGUUCGAUAUUAUCCUGGCCAAGACCUGUCUGGUGAAUACCUCACCAUCCAAAAACCAUACCCUAUCCUGGUCCAUCACUACGAACAGCUACAAGAGUUUCGUAGCAAAUGUCUAUCAAUGCCAGCGGAUGAACUCUGCUUACGGGAAAAAGAUGCCGCUGAACAUCUGAGCGUUCUUUUUGAAUACUUGGAGAAUGAAGUCAUGGAGGAUGUCCGAGAAGAGCAAGAACGAAACAAAAGGGGCUGCUGUCUAUUUGAUUGGAUGUGGGUACGCUUCAAGCCUGGACGUAUCAUGCUCGAAAAGUUUGACUGGGAGUCUGGCUGGCAAGCCUCCGUGAUACACUCUGUGCGAGGUGGAGUGCUUGCAAAUCCAUCAACGUGGUGGAGAGUCGAGAAUUGGAAGCUCGAAUUUGAUGGAAAUGAUAUAGUACGAGUUAUGAAUGGGGCUACGCAUUUUCAACAACACGACGGUGAGAGAAAUUACGAAAGACGUCCAGGUGGAGGGGGGACUAUCGUGCUGGAAGGCGACGAUUGCUUCGACAAUGAGGAGGCUCGAGAGCUCAUUGCGAACGGGAAGAGGUACAUGAAUAUGCUGGAGCCUAAGUGUUUCCAGCACAAUGGGAGAAGCGUCAACUUUCCGCCAAUUGAGAUCGAUGGCUUGGCUAUGGUAGACAUGAAAACGUAUCAUCAAAUAAGGCCUGACAGAGUCCCGGAGGAGAUGAGUGAGGAUGACAUCAGAGACUGGGCCAGUGGAUGCUCUUGUGUGGUGUGUCAUUACAGACAGAGAGAUGAAAGCCUCCCAAAAACCAAGCAGCCGGAAUUUCUGGACUAUGGCGGCGCACCCCAAAGCACUGGCUGGAGAGACAAGGAGAUCAUGCUUCUUCCUUCAAAGGUCGCAUCUUACGUGUUCAGAACUCGUACUUGGGAGGAUAUUUACAUUCGCAAUCUGUCGGAGCCUCGGUUUGAGGAGAAUAUGAUUAAACAUCUGAUCAUGAGUGACAGUCGUUUGAUGACUCUCAAAGCUCUCGCGAAGAGCUUUGCGAGAACUACUCAACAUGGAGAAGCUAUGAAGGAGGAUCGAUGGAGCGCAGACUUUGUUCGUGGAAAAGGAAAUGGGUUGAUCCUUCUUUUGCAUGGCAAGCCAGGUGUUGGAAAAACCUGCACGGCGGAAUGUAUUGCUGAGUUCACUCGUCGUCCUCUAAUGAUUUUGACGAGCAGCGACAUUGGUACUGAACCUCGGGACGUCGAGGCAAAUUUGACCGAAAACUUCAAAAGAGCUAUGAGCUGGGGUGCUGUUCUUCUUAUUGACGAGGCCGAUAUUUUCAUGGAGCGCCGUACGACGUCAGACUUGACUCGGAACAGCUUGGUGGCCGGGUUUCUGAGGGCUCUUGAGUUCUAUGACGGCAUACUCUUUUUGACCACAAACAGGGUAGGAUCGUUUGACGAUGCAUUUAUCUCCCGCAUCCACAUCCAGCUGUAUUACCCUGACUUCAGUGACGACGAGCGCCAAAAGAUCUGGAAGAACUUUAUCGACAAGCUCGCCCGAGAGAGGGGCGAAACGAUACGCCUGACCAUCGACGCCAAGGAAUACAUUGAGUCAAUGAGGAAACAGGGUCUUAAUUGGAACGGUAGAGAGAUAAGAAAUGCCUUUCAGACGGCUGUAGCCCUUGCGGAGUAUGAAGCGGACAAGGAUAGUGAAGGGAGAAUCAUGGUGAAAGAUGAUCAUCUCAGAGCAGUUGUCGACCUUUCGAAGGAUUUCAAGCAUUAUCUCAACGAUCUCCAUAAAAGGGAUGAGGGGAAGAGAGCGGAGCAGAGAUCUGAGAGACUGGACAGUUUUGAAGGCUCUAAGUAG